AGCUUUCUAGUAUUCUGAAGAUUUAUAGACUUUGUGGAGAAAAAUCUCUACCUCCUAUUUUAUGAAUACUGUUAGCUAUGGCUGUGGAACUUUGUUUACUGCUGUUGUUGCUUUGGGGAAGUACUAUUUCAGAGGUGCAACCUUUACAAAAACCAACUUCUGGAACUUUGGAUUUUGGGUUUGUGCCUGCGAAGGCAUAUGAUACAUAUGCAUAUCAUGAACCUGGACCAAUAGGAAUUUUGUUUAGACUAGUCCAUGCUUUCCUUUAUUUAGUGCAACCAAAUUCCUUUCCACAAGAUCUCAUCAAAAAACUAGCACAGCAGCAGUUUGGAAGUGUGCAGGGUGAUUAUCAAAAGCCAGAAAAUGUUGUCCUGACUCUUCAGGCAAUCUACUAUGAAAUCGGCUUUAUAGUGGCGGCUGCUUUGGGAUUGCUAUUUGUUCUGUUACUGCCUCUUGUGGGACUGUGCUUCUGUAUGUGUCGUUGCUGUGACAACUGUGGUGGGGAAAUGCAUCAAAGACAAAAGAAAAAUGCUGACUGUCGGAGGGGCUGCUUUGCAACAUUUCUUUUUGUCACUUCUUUAAUAAUCAGUGUCGGUGUCCUUUGUGCUUAUGCUGCCAACCAGCACUUAACAAGUCAAGUCCGGGGAGCAAAGAACCUGGUGCACAGUAAUUUUAAAGACCUAAGAAUUUUCCUCAAUGAUACUCCAGGGCAAAUUGACUAUUUGGUGAGCCAGUACAACACUACAAAGAACAAAGCACUCUCCGACCUUAAUAAUGUUGGACCGUUGCUUGGCAGCAGAGUUCAGGAGCGGUUCGGGAAAGAAGUACGUCCUGCACUUGAUGCAGCUCUAACAAUGGCAGGAGCAAUCAGAGAAACAAAGGAGGCAUUGGAAAAUGUGAGCGUCUCUGUGGAGGUUUUGCAGGAAGGUACUGAAAGGCUGCAUGCUAACCUGACAGAUGUUAAAAUACACCUGAGCAACACACUCAGUGACUCUGCAUGCUCUGCUGCUCAAGCUGCUUCAACUUGCAACAUGAUCAGAAAUUCAUUACAUCAACUGAAUAUUAAUGCCAACUUCAGUGGGUUGCCUGGUGUGAGCACGCAGCUUGCCAAAGUCAAUGAUGUCCUUAAAAUAGACCUUUCCAGUCUUGUUCAAAAGGGUUACGCAGCCUUUAAUGAUACUCCAGAUUUAGUGCUGAACCAAACCAGGAACAUCUUAUCAGAUAUCAAAAAUUUGUUGGAAUCUGUUGGUUCAAAUAUCACUAGCUUCACUAAAAAGCUUCCUGUUCAGAAGGUUCUAGCUGAUUUCUCAAUAUAUCUGACUGAGGGUGAGGCUUUUGUUCAAGAUUAUUUCCCAGUAGUGGAACAAUAUGACUUCUACAGAUGGUUGGGUUGUCUCAUUCUCUGCUGCAUGGUGAUUCUGAUCCUGGUUUUUUACUAUCUUGGAUUAGUAUGUGGUACCUGCGGUUAUGAUAAACAUGCUUCUCCAACAACCAGAGGCUGUAUUUCAAACACUGGAGGCAAUUUCCUUAUGGCCGGAGUUGGAUUCAGUUUCCUUUUCUCCUGGGUGCUGAUGACGAUAGUGGUAAUCACCUUCGUUACAGGUGGAAAUGUAGAAAAGCUGGUCUGCGAACCCUUUGAAGACAGGACUUUGUUCAAGGUUUUGGAUACUCCCUAUUUACUGAAUCGGCAUUGGAGAAACUACCUUUCUGGCAUCGUGCUUAAAAAUCCAGAUAUUAAUUUGACCUUUGAAAAAGUUUACAGUGACUGCAAAGAAAACAAAGGAAUUUAUACCACACUUCAUCUAGAAAAUCUCUUCAAAAUUAAUGAGUUUCUUAACAUUAGCAUGUAUACAGAAGAUGUAUCACUGAAAAUUGAACAUAUUAAUGUAAAUCUUAGCAGUGUAAUUUUGCUGGAUGAAAUUGGAAAGCAGAACCUUCUGAAUUUCAGCUCUUCAGGGAUAAAUGGAAUAAACUUUGCAGCGUAUUUGACAGAGAUCAAUAAAAGUGUUACCAAAGUGGAUCUACUGUCAUUUGCUAAUGAUUUGGAAGCAAGAGCAGACCAGUUGCCCAAAGGAGCACUGGAAAAUGCACUAAAAGGACAUGCAAACAGUAUUCGAAUGAUUCAUAAUCAACAAGUUGUUCCACUGGAGCAAUCUAUGAAAUAUGUAAAAGCUAGGAGCACUUUAAAUCAGAGCAUUAGAUUUCUUCAGAGGACAUCAUCUGAACUUACGAUAAAAGUAAAAAAUGUGAUUAGUGCGGUUGAUGCUGCUCAACUUCUCAUAAACAACGAUGCUUCAGUGGUUAUCAUCCAGGAAACAAAAAAGUACAUGGAUAUGAUAAUAGGCUACUUCGAACAAUAUGUUGAGUGGGUCAUGGAGUCGAUUGCUAUGGACGUAGCAGCGUGCAAGCCUAUUGCCAACGUGAUAGACACUGCAGUAGAUAUUUUUUUAUGCAGCUAUGUAAUUGAUUCUGUGAAUACCUUCUGGUUUGGUUUGGGGGGCUGUUCGGUAUUUUUAAUUCCUGCCAUAAUUUGUGCUGUAAAACUAUCUAAAUAUUAUCGUAGAAUGGAUACGGAGGAUGUGUAUGAUGAGGUUGAAACUAUACCCAUGAAAAAUAUGGAAAAUGGUAAUAAUGGUUAUCAUAAAGAGCAUUUAUAUGGUAUACGCAAUCCUGUUAUGACAAGCUCUGUGGAACAGUGGUAGCAGAUACUGGAAACAUCAGGAUCUAUUUUCAGGCUAUAGAUAUGAUGCUUAAGAUUCUUCUAGAAGAAAAUAUGAAUUUCGUCCAGCUAUACUGGGAUCUGACGUCACCAUCCAAAUCCCAUGCCACUUGUUCUAUGUGGCUUGUACAGUAAAUCAGUCUUGAAUCAAGAAAACCGUGUUUAAUGUUCUGCCAUUAACUAUUGUACAAAACAGCUGAGCACCUCUUCUUGUUCACUACUGUUCAAAACUUGAACUAAAGUGGUGUUUGUUUUUUUACUUUUUUUAUACCAGGGUUUCUAUUUCACAUCACAGUAUGUAUAUUAAUGUGGCUUGCACAGAUUUUGUUUAAAGUUAACUACCCUACCAUGAUUACUCAAGUUCCUAUCUUACCAUUUGUUUGGGGACGUGUUAAAUACAGUAUAUACACAUUUACAUAAAGAAUACAUUUUGUAUACAGAGUCUUUUGUAUAUACAUUUUCUUAAAAUUGUUUUAGCUAAAUUUUUUGAUAUUGUAUAAUAUACUUCACAGAUAAAUUCAUCUGCAUGAUUAUUGUUGACUUCUGGUGCUCUUGUUGGACCACUCUGGAAUAAUUUUUAAAUGUAUGGGAUAUGCUAAUGUAUCACCUGUGUGUGUAUCUGAAAAUUAAUUCAGUUGAAGGCUUUUUCUCUCUGAAGUUAUUUAAUAUGUGAUGACCUUUAAGUAUAGAUCUAAAAGAUCAUUUGGCGAGCAACUCAUUUAAAAUUACAUUUUUUAUGUAUGUUGCAAGGUAUGGAGUUCCCUGGAUUUUGAAUAAUACUCUAAUUAGAGCACGAGAGAUGCUAUAAAGUUGGUAACUUUUAAAAUGCUUAAUCCCCUACCCAAAUUGCUAAUAAAUAUGUGGAUCUUUAAGGAGGCAGUGACUAUAUUUUUGCUAACUAAUUUUUAAAUUUAACUUUCUACUUAGGAAUUUGAACACUUUUAGAAGGGUAUUUUACAUCACCAAAGUUAGGGUAUUGCCUAGAAUUUAGACAUAGCAGUUGUGUUCCUGGAUUAUGAGACACACAUUCACUGAAAGGGUUGUAACUGUUUACACACAAAAAAUUAGAGAGGUAGAAAAGAUGAAAGAACUGAAUAUCUUGAACUCAAGAGGAAGCUGAUUGUAUAACCAUGUUCUUCAUUCCUUUUCUAGAAAAGUUAAUUGGUUUAAAAUAAAGGUAAUCCCACAAACCUUUGAAAAUAUAAAGCAAAACUGAACAGAGAUACCAGUGUUAUCCAGAAUACGUUUAUAUGUUUUUUCACUCUUUUUUGGUCAGAAAGGGAAAUAUUUCCAUGUGACAAUAUGUAGCAUGAAUGUAUAGAUAUAUGUUCAGAAUUGUAGAAUUCAAAAUGUUUAUUUUUAAUUAGAAUAUUUGCAGUCCGCUUAAAUAAAAAAACUUGGUUAA